AUGACCUCCCAUGAAAAUUACGCCGUCUUUCGCGAAUGUCUAUCCAACGCCAUUGUCGCCCGCUCCGAGGACAAACCAAAGCCCACCAAACGGAAACAAAAGGGCAAACGAAAUGAGCCUAAAGACGUGACCACCUCAUCAGUCCCUACUGGAAGAGCAGACCCUGAAGAAUUGGCCGAAUUCGUCGAUUUCCUGGCCUCAGAAACUUUCACCUCAUUCCCAACCGCCCUCCAAACCCUAAGCUUCGCCGCGAUCCAGCACGACCCAGCUCUGUCAACGCUCUACGUCGCGCCGGACGCCGAUACACCCCUCCCGCGCAGUACACUCGAAACCCUUACCUCCCCAAUCCCAGUCAGCGUCACAGACUCGCUGCUCGUCUAUGGCAUAAUUCCCGACGCGGCAGACUUGCUGGACUUCCUUGCCCCCGUGCUAGCGGAAUAUACAUCGAGCGUGACAACGGGCCCACCAGUGUGGGCUAGUACGCGUGCGGACGCGUGCGAGAUCUGUGAGCGCGACUGGAUUCCGCUUUCUUACCACCAUUUGAUUCCGCGCGGGGUGCAUGCGAAGGUGAUUAAGAAGGGAUGGCAUGAUGAGUGGAUGUUGAAUAGUGUUGCGUGGCUUUGUCGUGCGUGUCAUAGUUUUGUGCAUCGUAUGGCGAGCAAUGAGGAGCUUGCUAGGGAGUGGUUUACUGUGGAGAGGAUUUGUGAAAGGGAGGAUGUGCAGGAUUGGGCUAGGUGGGUUGGGAGGGUUAGAUGGGCGGCGAGGUAG